AUGCAAUUCGCCUUUGUCACGUACGGCGGGGAUGGGAAGCAGACACCUGCUGACAGGUCCCAGGUCCGCAGUCACUGCAUGAAGGGCCGGAACAAGCGCGAUGGAUCACGUCGCUCUAACCGGGAAGUCAGGCAAGCGGCGAAGCGAGUUAGGACUAAUGCCGACACGAGCACUGUCCCUAUAAUCAAGUGCCGGUCAAGUUCAGCAACAGCUCAAGGGGAAAAUGUAUCCAUUUUGCGGCAGGUAGAGCAAAGGUCAGAGUUACCAGACGAGGGCCUGUGGGCUCGUCCUCUACAGGCACCUCGAGGCUUCGUCUUUCCAUCGGUCGUUGAUGAAUUUGCGAAUGCGGUCGGCCAGAUGCCCGAGUCGCUGAUGCGACAGUGUAAGACGGCCUCUUUGAAUAGAUCGCAAAUUCGACUAAAAAUCUAUCUAGUCAUGGCUUUCAAUCGCAUCGCCGAAGCUUCAUACCCUCUCGUCGAGAUUGCCGUCAACUUCAGCGACCAUGCAAGCUUUAGCUCCAUCUGGCCGUCUUUUGACAAGUCGUUCCUCCACACCAUUCUCUUUAUCAACUCAGCCGUCAACGACUGGACGCAAAAUCAGCCGUUGGCCAAGUCGUCGCAGUUCCACCUGGGGAGAACGCUAACGCUGCUCAACAAAAAGCUGGCAACGGGGACCUUGCACCUAGACGACACGACUAUCUACACCGUCAUGCUCCUGGCAAUUGUUUCUAGCACCAGCGGCGACUACGACGCCAGUAAUGCGCACAUGGCGGGCCUGCAACGGCUUGUAGAGAUACGAAGCAGCCACGGGUACCUCUGGGUGAACCCUAUCACCCAGUUCAAGCUUGAGUGCCUAGACCUGAUGUGGUGCCUCACAGCGGGAGGGGCGCCACUGUUUCUCAAGGGCCCCGUGCCGUGGGAUCUGGCCUUUGCCCGCCCGUCGCCAUCAGUCGAUACUGAGCUGUCUUUGGCUCUCUCUCAGGCGUUCACGGACCCCAGGCUCAUAAUUGCCUUUCAGGACUUGCAGUGGCUGACAGAGCUGGUUAACGUACACGCAGGCAGCAAUAUGCGACUCAACACGAGCGAGUUCCAGCCCGUUCUCAGCUCGAUUCAGACUCGCCUGCUGCACCUCAAAGACCUGCUGGUUGAUAUGCCUGGAGAAUGGCUAUGCCUGGGCAUGCUAGCCUUUCUCGCGACAAUGUUCCGGGUCCCUGGACGACAGGUAUCUUACGAGCACUUGGCAGACCGCCUCCGACGCGCAUGCAGAACUCUUGUGCCGUCAGAAUCCUCAUCAAUAUCGCAGUCGAUUUCAGCACCAAUGUCAACAAAUUCAGGCCUGCAAUCCGUCUUGCGCUGGCUGGCAAUUGUCUGCGGCGUGGCUGUCUUUGGCGCCAGUGAGCAGUGGCUUCGAGAGCUCUGGGACGGCAUCGCGGAGCCAAACUUGUUGUGGGCAGAGACACGAACAGAGCUUAAGCGGGUUAUGUGGAUUGGGUGCAUUCACGACGAGAGAGGGCGACGGAUAUUUGCCGCUUUGAAGCUUGAAAGGUAA